AGCUUAAGGUGAAAUAUGAGACCGUACUGAUCAGAGGGUAAACGCGGGUGCCGGAUAAUGGAUUGCGGAUACAGGGAAACAAUUCUUGCUGGUGGAGAAUAGGUAAAAAUUUUUAUACUUCGUGCGUUGCAUAAUUCAAUGAGCGAAUAUAAUCUGAAAGUUAUCGGUGACGGUAACAGUUUUAACUUUGCGUCACUCACAACAAUUUCUCAUUUACCUAAUUUGCUUUUUUUUACUAACCAUAUGCAAAUUAGGUACAUGCAUUAAUUAAGCAUGCGUGAUAGGCAUUGAUGACAAAAGUGAAAGUUUCAGCAGCUCUUUGUAUGACUUAAAAUUGAGUAAAUUUUCUGAUAUUUGGACCAUUGAUAAAACACAUAACAAACUUCUCGUCCAUGAACUAAAAAUGCGUUUUAAACUUUUUAAUUUCGCGCGCAAGCUGUUUUGAAUGUUGCUGAAAAAGAGCCCCCUGCGCUAGAAAAUUGAUCUUUAGGAAUAUCAGUUUUGAUUUAUUCUAAAUUAUAACUACCCAAACAAUCUAUAUUUAUCAAAAAAAUCGUGAAACGAACAGAUUUGUGAAAUUGAGAGCCGUUUCAAAAUUGUCUAUUUUUUAUACACCCUGCAUGUAGUACGAUGCGUAGAUGUUUCACUGUGAAGCGCAAGGCUAUACAUGAGCGUUCAGGCGUAAAUGCAACUAUACACAUUUGAAGAUAACAAUUUCUCUUUCAGGUUGAAAUCAUGUUGGUAGAACUUUCAAUCUUGCUAUGUUGCCUUUAUUGUGUUUGGUUUGUAUAUACAACGAUGAAGGAGAGAAAGACCUUGCCUCCUGGGCCCUUUCCAUUACCUUUAAUUGGUAACGCUCACCAGGUUGGCAAAGAUAUGCCUUAUUCAAUGGAAUAUCUGCGAAAGAAAUAUGGCGACGUCUUUACCCUACGAGUUCCGUCUGGAAACUUCAUAGUCGUGAACAGUGGCAAGGUUAUGCAUGAAAUGCUUGUGAAAAGUAAAGAUGAUUUUGCUAACCGGCCAAGCGGUUCAAGAUUAAUUGCAAGAGAUUUAUUUAAUAACAAGGCUAUUCCGUUCGUCCCGUACGCUCCAUUUUAUCAAUUUUGCCGUAAGGUGAUAACAUAUGCACUUCAUAUGUACGGGGAGGGUGUUAAGACAGCGGAAAAUCGAGUGCAACAUGAAGUCACACAACUUUUGAUCCAUAUGGAGGAAAGAAACGAAGAUCCAUUUUGUCCAAAGGAACUCCUCUCCCAGACAAUUACUAAUGUCACCACGUCAUGGCUUCUUUCUCAAAGGUACGAUUAUGGUGAUCCAAUUUUCAAAACCUUAAGAACUUUUGUCGAUAAUGUGCUAUACGUAAGCCACCAAUGGACAAAUAUUGAUUUCUUACCGUUUUACGAAUAUCUCCCGUUUGAUAUUCCGAGGAGAUUCCGGCAAACAAAGCAAGUGCGUGACGAAUAUUUCGGGAAAUAUCUGGAGGAACAUCGAAAAACGUACAAAGAUGGGGUCGUGCGUGAUAUCGCUGAUGCUCUUCUUGCUGCUUAUGAAAAGGAGAAAGUGGACGGCAAAGGAAAAGAUAUUGGUACCAGCGAUGAUAUAAAAACAAUCAUGAUGGACUUCUUUAUUGCUUCCAGUGAUACAACUACUGCUACACUGAGCUGGUUGAUACUGUAUAUGGUCUUACAUCAGGAGGUAAUGCAUUCAUGUAUGUAAUCGUGUUUUCUGGCUGAAAACUAACUAGUAUACAUGUGGUCAUCUUGAAAACGAUAAAUAUUUACAUAAUUGCUUGAUCGACUUUUCGACUAGAUUUUAGUCAUCUUCAGCACUGAUAAUUUAGUAUUACAUUUCAUAAAUAUAUAUUAUAAACAUUCAAUUAUUUAUUAUUUAGAGUGCCCCUGUGACGAAAAAGAUCAUCUCUGCAAUUUAGACGAUAGCUUUAAACAUUACCUCGAAAUGAGCUAGCACGGCGUUUUUGGUUUUUCAAUAUCUUGUUUCGUUCUCUAGAUAUUCAGCUUUUUAAAACAUGCAAAUUUGGUCUAAAGUGACGUCAAUUACUCAAUACUAUUAAAUCAGAUAUAGAAAACGAUGAAUAUCUUUCUUCCUGACAAAAACAAUUCAUUCAAACUUUGUGCUAGUAUAGCGAAGAGUGUUUCAAAUCUCAAAAUUUGUAUUACGGCACUUUUCAAUGAAACCAUAAGCAACAAAUGCGUUUUGCUCGUAGAACAAAAACGAUUAUUUCUACACUGCUAGACAAGGUUUAAACUAAAGCAUACGACGGAACACUCGUACACACGAAAAAUUAAAGUUUAAGUCGUCAUUUGAAUGGUCGUAUUCUGCACAAAUGGGGCGGAAAACACAAUUAACAUUUUUUAGUGAAGUAGUUAUUUUUUGUAUUGUUUCCACGGAAACAAUGUAUGUACACAUUGAAAUGUGUAUGCACCACAUAGCUAUGCGCCUGUAUUCCAAAUGCUCACUCACACUCAAAGAGUGCAGGUUCUAUCUGAACUUCUCUUCAGUGUCAAUGCUGUUUUUGAAUAGCUAGAGGGUGAGUAGUCACAAAGAGAGGUACGAUACUAACCCUCCUGCUGUUCAAAAAUAUGUGACACUCAAGAGAAGCUCGGAUCGAACUUCCACUCAUUGAGUGUGAGUGUGAGUGAGCUUUUAGAAUACGGGCGAUAGUGCUGCAAAGAUUGAGUGAAUUUUACCCCUCACGAAGAAAGAUAUCCAUCGUUUUAUGAAUCUAAUUUAAUAUUCUGGAGUAAAUGACGUCACUUUUGACCUAAUGAGCAUGUUUUAAAAAGCUGAAUAUCUUCAGAACGAAAUAAGAUAUUGAAAAACCAAGGAGGCCGCGCUAGAUUACAGUAUUUCGAAGUAAUGUUUAAUUAUAACUAUAGGAUCUAAAUUGGGGAGAUGAAUUUUUCGUCACGGGGGCACAUUAAUUUUCUUUUAAUAAUGGUGUAUUAUAACUAAGUCAUCUUGUAUAGAUAUCCUCACUUUCAAUUUCGUCACUUUCAUAUACAAAUUGAAUUGAAAAAAUUUAUCGUUCUAUGAUGUUUUAUAGUUGAUAACAUUAGUCGGUGGUUCUCGCACUUGCAAACUAUCUAGUGGUUCAUAUUAACAAGUACACGAUUUAAUUAUAUAAUUUACUAUAAAGUACUGGUAGGAGUGCUCACGAUUGUUUUAUAUCUGAUAUAGGACAACUACAACUACUUUAAAAGACUUUUAAAAAUAAACGUUGUCUAAGGUGGGAAAUAUUAUGGCCAUUGGCCAUGUUAAUUUGCAUAAAAUCCCCGACAUAUAUAGCAGUGAUUUCCAUUCUCUUCUUUUUUAAAUUUAUAAUUUCCUUAAAGAGUUUUUUAUCUACUAUUAUCAUGUGUUAAUUUGUAAGAAAUAUUCUAAAAAUAUCCUGCUUACAUACAGCUGCCAAAGAAGAGUUACAGCCACAAUUGCUUGAACUAAUUGCAACAACAUUUCCAUUAUUUCUUCUUUGCUUUCAUUGCAAUGGUAUACAUGUCGCCCAAACUUUAAAAUUUGAUUAGGUACAGAGCAUAUUAUAUAAUUAGGUAUGCAUUUCUUUUCUUCAAAGCUGCGUUCCUGGUAAAAUCUUACAUUCCAUCCAAUCAUGUUUCACAGUGAUCUACGGCUGCUAAUUUGGUUUACUGCAUUUGAAUUUUAUUAUAAUUGCAUUAAAGGUUCAGAAAAGGGUUCAUGAAGAGUUAGAUAAUGUAGUUGGAAGACAUCGUACUCCGUCUUGGAAAGAAACAGAUAAUCUCCCAUUUCUACAAGCAACCAUUUGUGAAACAAUUCGCCAUGCAUCGCCAGUUCCAUUGCUAGGAAGAAAAACAUUGCGUGGAACUAAGAUUAAAGAAUUCAAGAUCCCUCAAGAUACAAAGAUUCUGCUAAAUAUGUGGCGAGUUAAUAAUGAUCCGGCGGAGUGGAAGAACCCCAUGGUCUUCGAUCCCGAUCGAUUUCUUGAUGAAAGUGGCAAUUUCCGUGGUUGGAACACCUCGACCAGUUUCUACCCGUUUGGUGCCGGCAUUCGUUCAUGUCUUGGCCAAUCACUGGCCAAGAUGAAUAUGCUCGUCGUUGGUUCCAAUAUUCUGCAUUAUUUUCAUUUUGAUGUUCCUAAUGGAGAGGAGAAACCAUGUUUGGAUUCUGAGCCUGGUGGUGUACGAUACCCAAAGGAUUUCUUACUUGUGGCAAGGAAACGAGAGUGAGUGAACGAGUGAUUUUAAACAUGAUUUGUAAUAGACCUUGUGGAUAAUGAUGUCACAAGUUUGAAGCCCGCAAGGAAUGCUUAAUGCAAAAAUUAAACAAUUCAAAAUGGCCUCUACAGAAAUUUUUCCGGGCGAUUACUACUAAGACCAGCAUUCCUCACGGGCAUCAAGCCUUGUGACGUCAUUAUGCAUAAGGUCUAUUGCGCCGGGUUGUUUCAUAGUUGCAUCUGUGACUCGUUGUUCAACUGUGCAGAGAACGUGAACCCAAAUAUCGUUGAGCUUAUAAAGGAAUAAAUUUUGGUUAAUAAUUAUAUGUAGCUUUUAAAAUGAAAUAAAUUGAAAUAGAGAGCA